AUGUCGCUGAUCAUUAUUCUUGUCAUGGAGAAAAGAAACCCUGAGAAACAGAAUGUAUGGCUGGUUUCAGCUUUAAGAGAAAAGAAGAAAAUACCCCACAAAACUGUGAUCGCAGCAAUAGAGUCUCGGAGCGGGAAGCCCACUAAGAACCUCUGCAAUCCCACUAAGAACCUCUGCAAUCCCACUAAGAACCUCUGCAAUCCCACUCAGAACCUCUGCAAUCCCACUAAGAACCUCUGCAAUCCCACUAAGAACCUCUGCAAUCCCACUCAGAAGAACCUCUGCAAUCCCACUAAGAACCUCUGCAAUCCCACUCAGAACCUCUGCAAUCCCACUAAGAACCUCUGCAAUCCCACUCAGAACCUCUGCAAUCCCACUAAGAACCUCUGCAAUCCCAUUAAGAACCUCUGCAAUCUGGCUGGACCUGCUUUAAUCUCAUCUGCCACUAUGACCACCAUGUCAACUCCAGUAAGAUCUGAAGACCCAGAGAACCCAGGGGCCACGCAAAGGAGAUGCCGCUGCCUGGACUACUGCCUUGUUUUUUCAUUAGUACUGCUUACUAUUGUAGUUGGGUCACUUUGUGUCUUGUACUUGGCUUGGGAGAGACCACUCGUGGAAUACAGUGCCAGAGCCAUCAAACGGGGAGCCCAACAGAAAAGCAGUUCUCAUCUUUUGAUGGAUACUGUUGUGCUGGAGAACAAUACCACAGUAGAGUGGACCCAAAAUAAUAUGGACGACACCUUUUUGGGCAACGAUUUUUCAUAUGAAAAUAAUGAACUGGUGGUAGGAAGAGCCGGUGUGUACUACGUGUAUUCUCAGAUGGCUUUGAUAUGCCGUGGCCACUGCCAAGAAGAAAGGACAGUGUCCCUCUCUGUCCUUAAAAAUACAGAAGAAAAACCAGUCCUAGAGUUAAACAUCCAAACCAAAGAGUCUUCCAUGAGGAUCCCACCUUCAUCCUUCACCGCGGGCAGCAAAAAUCUCCGAGCCGGUGACAGGAUAAGGGCACGACUCUGGGUUAGCCACAACAUCACGGACUGGCAGAUUGAUCAACAUAACAGCUUUCUUGGACUUUUCUGGAUCAGUGACCACCCAUCUCAGGAAAGUUAAUGAGUCAAUGAGCAGUCAAUGUCAAAGGAAUACCAUAGACUCAUUCUUUGCAAGAGACAAAAAGCACUACUGAACUUUCUGAUCACUUGUGAACGUUGCACAUGCAUUCAUUUAUACUCAGGUCAAGGAGUAGAGGCCUUACAUUUACUCUGCAUCUGGAUAUGAGAGACAGAGGUCUCAUUAUCACUGUGUGAUACUAGGUUAGAAAAUUGUGUAUGAUUAAUUCUGAAAAUGCUGCUCUGCAUCUCUGAAAUGGUGGCAUCCUCAAGAAAUGGUGCCACUGAAAUCGUCUUCCUUUGAGAUUCAUCAUUUUACCUCAGCCAACAUUGGUUCUCAUCUUGCUUUUACCUAUUGUAGCUUUCACUAUGCUCUCUCUCCUAUCACGUUAUAAUGUCCUGUAGAUCCACUUCCCAAGGGACACUGUUUUCAUGUGGAUGGAAGGCUAGAUUAGUAUGAUUUGAACCAGUUCCGUAGACUGGUUGAUUUUUAUGCCCCCUACAUUUGAAAAAAAUAUAUUGCUGUUUCUCGGAGGCCUACGGUCUCUGGGUCAGUCUUUGUCCUCUCCAUUCCUUAAAUUUUUCUUUAGCUUCCUUAUCCUCAUUUUAUCCCUCUUUGUCUGUUUCUCUCUCUUUCUAACUCACUCUCCCUUCCCUUCCAUCCUCUCUCUAUCUCACUCCAUUUCCCUCCCCCCUCUCUUUUUAUCUCCUUACAGCUCUCCCUCUCUCUUACUUGCUCUCCCUCACUCCCUCUCUCUUGCUCUCCCUUCCUCACCCCCUCUCUCUUGCUCUGCCUCUCUCUCUUGCUCUCCCUUCCUCACCCCCUCUCUCUUGCUCUCCCUUCCUCACCCCCUCUCUCUUGCUCUCCCUCCCUCACUCCCUUCCUCUCUCUAUCUUGCUCUCCCUCCCUCACUACCUCCCUCUCUCUAUCUUGCUCUCCCUCCCUCACUCCCUUCCUCUCUCUAUCUUGCUCUCCCUCCCUCACUACCUCCCUCUCUCUCUCUAUCUUGCUCUCCCUCCCUCACUCCCUCACUCUCUCUAUCU